GGGUUUAUUUUAUGCUGCUAAGCUGAACCUUGAGAUAAAAAGAUGAAUUCUUGGGAAUUCAGGACUCCUGAUAAGUCUUCCAGCUCAACUUUUUUAGUCAGGAUACCAAAUUGACAAUUCAAAAAAAAGAAGCUAAGCUUUCCAAGGACAAGGACUUGAAUAAAUUGAGAAAUUGCAUCAAUAAUUCAGACAAAAUGGGGUUUCCAGCAAAUGAGUCGAGCAGAAGUGGGAAGAUAAUUUUAGGUAAAGGAAGUUUUGCUCAGGGUGCUUCAAAAAGUGCUGCAUUUGGAACUAAGGGUUCUCUGGACGACACUGCCCAAGAAUUCUAUACAAUUAAGAGACAAAGAUUCUCUCAGAUCAACGCAGAUGGUGCCGCUACAAAAAACAAUAUCACCAUCCAGCAGCAUAGUACAAAUCUAGAUAUUAAAGCACCACAUACUUUAUUUGAAGUGCCUGAAACAACUCUCAAUUUGGAGAUAAAGCAAAAUGCAUCUGAUGUUGCAACAGCAUUCAUGAAGGAAGAGCGUGAACCUGAAAGGGGGAGGAGGAAACAGUUUGAUAAAGAAUCGGUCAAUGAAUCAAGUUUACAUGAACAGGAAGAAUAUGAAGAACUGAAAGCAGAAUUGGCAGUGCUGAAAUCUAAGAGUACUAGGCUCACAAAAAAAAUACGGAGACUUGCUGACAAGUGUCUCAGACUUGAGAAGGAAAAUAAAACCAUAAAGGCAGAGAUUGAAGCGAUACAUGGGCCAGAUGCAGUGAGCGAUCUUAAACCCAUAGAACCUGAAGUUGAUACUGAGAGCGAAAGCAGUGAACAAUCAAUUUAAGUGGAAAACAAUAUUAUAACCGCUGACCAGGUUACUAUAGAGAUUUUAUUACUGCAUUUUGAAGAUAGACGUCAACUCCUGCUAAAUUCUGAAGCAAGCAAUUAAGAUCAACACUGAGGCCAAGUAUAUAGAAGAUUCAUUAACAGAAGCAAGAAACAGAACAUUUUCUGCAGAUUAGGAUUUUUUUUUUAAUUUAAUAUUUAUGAGGCCUUAGGCUUUAGACUUCCUUACCUACAUGCUUGAAGUUUUAGUCAAUCAAACUACUUCAAUUUAAUGGUGUAAAGCAAUGCAAUUUUAUGCUAAUCUUAAUAAUUUUGGAGCACUGUCUUGUGACAUCUGUUUUGAGCUUACAUGGU